AAGUGGUAACAGCCCAACUCGAGAUAGAUGGGUGGCACUCUUCUAAAGUUUACGGUAGAGACCUCCGCUCUGGAACUCAAAGGAGGGUUACUUUAGGGGCCGAGCUAGUGGUGGGACGCGGACGCGUAAAUGCUGCCACUACCAACGGGACGUUUUUGGCGCGCUGUGCUCUUGCGGACCUGCAGCGCAAGGCUCCUGGGGCACCACUGGGCUUCCGGCGGUCCGGGUUGCAGGUGGAACCCUCCUGUCGGAGCGGAAGAACUGCGGGGAGAGCUGGACAGAUUCGGGGGCGUCUCAGUGCGCCUUCCGCGGCUCGGCGCACUGGACCGCCUGGACGCCGCCUCAUUCCAGAGGGACUUGCAGGCUGCAGUACAACAGUGGAGAUCAGAAGGUAGGAUAGCGGUAUGGCUGCAUAUUCCCAUCCUCCAAAGCCGAUUUAUUGCCCCUGCUGCUUCCCUGGGUUUCCGCUUUCACCAUGCAGAAUCGGAUUCAUCCACGCUGACACUGUGGCUGGGAGAGGGACCCAGCAGAUUACCAGGAUAUGCUACACAUCAAGUAGGAGUUGCAGGAGCUGUAUUUGAUGAAAAUACUAGGAAAAUAUUGGUUGUACAAGAUCGAAAUAAAUUGAAGAAUAUGUGGAAGUUUCCAGGGGGCCUGUCAGAGCCUGGAGAAGAUAUUGGAGACACAGCAGUUCGAGAAGUUUUUGAAGAGACUGGUAUAAAAUCAGAAUUCAGGUCCCUCCUGAGCAUCCGGCAACAGCACACCGAUCCCAGAGCUUUUGGGAAAUCAGAUAUGUAUAUCAUCUGUCGCUUAAAGCCACAUUCAUUUACCAUAAAUUUUUGCCAGCAUGAAUGCUUAAGGUGUGAAUGGAUGGAUCUCAAUGACCUGGUCAAGACUGAAAAUACAACUCCCAUCACCAGCAGAGUUGCUAGGCUGCUGCUCUAUGGGUACAGAGAAGGAUUUGACAAGAUUGAUUUCACCGUGGAAGAACUUCCGGCAGUUUACACAGGCUUGUUCUAUAAACUCUAUCACAAGGAACUGCCAGACAAUUACAGAACCAUGACAGGAAUGGAUUAAAUCCUUUUCAUGUUUUAAAAAAUUGUAAGUAAAUUGUACAUGGAGAAUAAUGUGUGCCAUAUUAUAAAAAGUAGUGGACAUUUGGGGUUAACUAAAUAUCUGACUUUAAUUUUCUAGUGUGUAUAAUUUUCAUGAAGAAAACUUGUUUGAUGAAAACUUGCAAAUUUGUAAGCCUCUUUCAAAUGAAGCAAAUGUAUGAAAAAGAUUGUAGCUCUCUGUAAGCUUCACUGGAUAAAGGCAAAUGCAAUACAAAAGGUGGAAGUCUAUAUAUUUUCCAGGAAUUUUUGUUGCUUUUCCUUAGUACGGCAAUGGUUAAAUAUUUACUAUUAGAAAAAAGGUUAUCUGACCAUCCAUGCCAACUGAGCAGAUAGCUGUACACAUUUUUUUCUUUUCUUUCAUUAACAAAUUUCAAAAAUAUACGUCGUCUUUCAUGU